UGAACUAGCCUGAUGUGAAAACGGGUGCGUCACGUGCUGUUUGCUUACAAGUUCCUUCGAGUCUGCUCGAUGACAGCCCUGAAGACAUCUAAUCUUUCUGAAGCUAUUUUCUUCUUACAGACAAUUAUAUAAAAGACAGACUCGUUACUCUAAGAAGCUGGGUUUCCUUUGAUAAACUGAGAAUCAUCUAACUGAAGAUAAAUCAGUAUGAAACAUUUCUCGUCUGGUACUCCCCUUCCCAGAAUACUGCUGUCGCUGCUCAUUUUAUACGGACUGUCUGGAGCUGUCCUGGGCGGUGAUGUUUGCUAUGACCCACUAGGCUGUUUCUCCGAUAAAGAUCCAUAUGCCAAGACACUACAGAGACCCAAAGCAGCUUUGCCAUGGACACCUAAAGAGAUUGGCACACGCUUCCUCCUGUACACACAACAGAAUCCCAGAAGGCAUCAGGUGAUCAGCGCCUACAAUGUCACCAGCAUUGAAAUGUCCAAUUUCAAGACGACAAGAAAGACUUGUGUAAUUAUCCAUGGGAUGGGAGACAGAGCAGAGAAUAGCUGGGUGUCCAACAUGUGCACGGAAAUUCUUGGGGUAGAUGAUAUUAAUUGCAUUGGGGCUGACUGGCGGAAAGGCUCAGGAAAUAUUCAAAUUUAUAUUCAAGCUGCAAAUAAUGCACGUGUAGUAGGGGCUGAGGUGGCGUACCUGCUGCAAAUUAUUCAGGAGAAGAUCAAUUCUUCCUAUUCACCUUCCAACAUUCAUAUCAUUGGGCACAGUCUCGGAGCCCAUGCAGCGGGUGAGGCUGGCAAACGAUAUCCUGGCAUUUGGAAAAUUACAGGUCUAGAUCCAGCUCAUCCCUACUUUGAAGACACCCCAGAUGAGGUUAGGCUCGAUAGGACUGAUGCUGUUUUUGUAGAAGUGAUACAUACUGACACAGCCUCACCGUUGGGAGUUGGCAUCAGAAAGCCAGUUGGCCACCAUGACAUUUAUCCUAAUGGAGGCAAACACAUGCCAGGGUGUCCAAGCAAGAUUUCAGCCAUCGGCAAUUUCAAUGCAAUGGUUGACAUACUGGCAUGUAACCACUUCAGAGCUUUCUACUAUUACACAGCGAGUAUCAGACAACCCGGUGGCUUUCUGGCCUAUCCUUGUGACACCUAUGAUUCAUUCAAAGCAGGUUCUUGUUUCCCAUGCCCACAAUCUGGAUGCCCUUUAAUGGGGUAUUUUUCCAAAUUAUCACAUGGCAUCUCAAGCAGCCAAAAGUUUUAUUUAAACACUGGAUCGGAUCUGUCCAAUCUUCCAAGUUGGAGAUAUAAACUUUCUGUUACCUUGCGUGGAACAAAUGGCAUCCAAGGGAAAAUCCACAUUGCCAUCUUUGCCACAGAGGGCACUGUAGAGGAAUAUGAAGCUUUGGUCGAUUACUUUUUACCAGGCAACAUGUACUCCAGCUUCUUCGAUGUUGGAUUUGAAUUAAAAAACAUCACUCACAUUACCUUCAGUUGGUCUCCUUUUAUAUUCAACCUAUUUCAGCAUCAACUGGGAGCAGAAAGAAUCAAUGUUCAGUCCGGAAAAGAUGGAAGAAUUUCUUCAUUCUUCACGGAAGGCACAGUGAAGGAACACGUUAUACAGACACUACAUCCAUGCUGACACAAUGUAACGCUCUGCAUGCUCCGCCCAUUCAAUAAACACUCAAUCCAAUGAUGAAUGCUGAUAUCACAGACAUUUCCAUGUGAUCCUGACUAUGAUGCAAAUUCCAUUCUGUGCAGUAUGAUUUUUGAAAGCGUCCCAUAUUUAACUCAAUAAACAUUUCUUUUAUA